AUGGACCUACUCCAGACAGUCCGCAAAGAGGGCUCACGCGGCGGCGUGAACUUCAGCUGGGACGAUGUCAAAUCCUCAAAUCACCGCGAGAAUUACCUGGGACACUCGGUCAUGGCACCGGUCGGACGUUGGCAAAAGCACAGAGACCUCGGCUGGUACGCCAAGGCUGACGAUGCAGAGCUCACACCCGAAGAGCGAGCAGAGAAAGAACAGGAGAGGAAGCGAGAAGAGUUGAGGAAAGUGAAAGAGGCGGAGGAAGAUGCUAUGGCGCGAGCCUUGGGUCUGCCGGUGCCAGAUAGAGCAAAUGCGAAUAACGUGCCGCUGGGAGAAAGCAAGUUGAACCAGAGGGACGUGAACAAGGCUUUGAAGGAAGCGCUUGAUGACGGGGAGGGACAUGCAGAUAAGCCCGCUGGAAUUGGAUCGUCGCGGGGAGGAGAUCGAGACCGCGAGCGAAGGAGGAGUGGACGCGAUGAGCGGAGAAGAGAUCGCAGUCAAAGUCGCGAAAGGAGACGCAGUCACCGCGACGAUAGAGACGAGAAAAGGCGGCGACGUUCUCGUGACAGGUCAAGGCAACCGGACAGCGACCGGAGACACAGACAUCGGCAUCGUUCAACAUCAAGAUCACGAGAUAGAAAGGAGAGAUCUCGAAGCAGGGAGCGUGAACUUCGGCACAGAAGACGCAGACAUUACGAGGAGCGCUCGAGAAGCCGCGAGCAUCAUCGCCAACGGCACCGAAGUCGAUCGAGGUCCCCUUACCACGACAAGAGACGCCGUGACAGCCGAUGAUGCUGAUUUCCGCCAAUAUUUGAGAAAGCAAUAUGAGAGGAGGUAUUCACCAGGCCAAACUUUUGCAGAGCUGGUUUCAGUAUAG